AUAAAAAUUUUAUAAUAUGAUUAAAAUUCUCUGACCUUAGAGCAAAGAGUUGAAGAUGGGUAAGCAUACAAACAUGGGAAGUGGAAGCCCACAUGACUGGACCAAGCACCCAUCUUCACGUCCUCUUCUUCUUCUGGUUUUUCUGAUCAAUCACAGCUGAAUUAAACCAUACCAAAAUAAACUGUCCCCUACUACCAACAAUAACAUUCAUUAAUCACACUUACAACAAACUUACUUACAUACAUACUUACCAAAAAUUUAAUUUCAUUCUUUAAGCCAUGCUUGUUGAGUUUCUUCAUCACCCUUCAUUUUCUCAAACCAGUACUUGUUCUUGUUACCAUCUUAUCUUCAUCUUACUGUUAUAUUCCUUCACAUUCUCCCAUCAGCAGCACCAGCAGCUUUGUCAUCGAAACGAUCAGCAAACGCUUCUUAGAUUCUCUCAUUCGGUAUCCUCUUCUGUUGGUCCACUUAAUUGGAGUUCUGUCUCUGAUUGCUGCUCCUCCUGGGAAGGAAUACGUUGCGAUGAUAAGGGCCGGGUUGUAUGGCUGUCGUUACCUUGGAGAGGAUUGACGGGCAAUAUAUCGGUUUCGUUUGAGAGCCUUACAAGUCUUUCUUACUUUAAUGUUUCUCAUAAUUCUCUUUCUGGGUUCCUCCCUAGAGGGAUUUUUAGUUCGUUGAAUAGACUUGAGAUCAUUGAUGUUAGCUCGAAUCGUUUUGAUGGCAACUUGUCAGCAUCUAUUUUGCUGAAUGGUAGUUUCCCUUCUGCCAUUCAGGUUGUUGAUAUUUCAAGUAAUCAAUUUCAUGGAAAGAUAGAGCCUGCUUGGUUUUUUUCGGGAUCGAAUUUGACCAAUUUUAAUGCCAGCAAUAAUGGAUUAUCUGGUCAGAUUCCUUCAUCCAUAUGUACCACUUCUCCUAUGAUUAUAACCCUUGAUUUCUCCAACAACCAUUUUGAUGGAGAUAUUCCUGUUGGACUAGGCAGAUGCACCAGACUCCAAGUUUUCCGGGCCGGUUUUAAUUCUCUGACCGGAUUACUUCCUGAUGACAUUUACAGCUUGCAGUCGCUGCUUGAAUUGUCCGUGCCUGCGAAUAGCAUACGUGGAACCAUUGGAGAAGGCAUGCUUAACCUUACCAACCUCAAGGUCGUCGAGUUGUUCUCAAACCAAUUUUCUGGAAUGAUCCCUCUGGAUGUUGGGAAACUCUCGAAUUUGGAGGAAUUGCACCUUCACAUAAACAAUUUCAGUGGUUCUAUACCAGCAUCCUUGAUGAACUGCACAAAACUCGUAAAGCUUAUUUUACGAGUCAAUUCCCUGCAAGGUAACAUCUCCACACUUGAUUUUUCAAGCCUAGUCCAACUCCAAAUACUUGACCUUGGUAACAAUAGGUUCACGGGAAAUUUGCCAGAGAGCUUAUUCUCAUGCAAAUCACUAAUGGCAGUCAGAGUAGCCACCAACCACUUAACAGGACCGAUUUCACCUAAUGUCGUGACUUUACCAUCUUUAACUUUCCUUUCACUCUCUAACAAUACCUUCACCAAUGUGUCAAACGCAAUCAAGAUUUUCGCGGGUUGCAGGAGCCUCACCACCCUUAUCCUGUCAAAAAACUUUUAUAAUGAAAUUAUGCCUAGUGAUAAAAGCUUCAUAGGGGCAGACGAAUUCAAAAACCUGCAGGUUCUCGCUUUUGGAGGAUGUGAACUGAAGGGGAAAGUUCCAGAGUGGCUUGUACAUAUAAAGAGUCUGGAGGUUCUGGACUUGUCAUUCAAUAAAGUCACAGGCACGAUUCCGGACUGGAUUGGAACUCUGCCAAACUUUUUCUACUUGGAUUUGUCAAACAACCUUCUAACAGGAGGUUAUCCAAAGCAACUCAACAGACUGCCAGCGUUGUUAUCAGAGAAGGUCGCUAAAAAAUUGAAUAGAAGUUACCUUGAGCUCCCAGUCUUUGUCGCCCCCAAUAAUGCAAGUACACAGCAAUACAACCAGCUAGCAAACCUGCCUCCAGCAAUAUACCUCAAGGGCAACAAAAUCAGUGGUAACAUACCAGUUGAAAUAAGUCAGCUACAGAAUCUUCAUAUACUGGAUCUCAGUGAAAACCAAUUCACAGGCAGCAUCCCACCAGAGUUUUCAAACCUCAUAAACCUAGAACAGCUAGACCUCUCUCAGAAUAAUUUGACUGGAGAAAUCCCAGCAUCAUUGCAAAGCCUGAAUUUCUUAUCAAAGUUCAAUGUCUCCAACAACAACCUAGAGGGCUCAAUACCGACAGGAGGUCAGUUUGACACUUUCACAGAAUCUAGCUUUCUAGGGAAUCCAGGGUUAUGUGGUCGAGUCUUGCAGCAUCAUCCUUGUUCAGAACAAUCGAUCCCAGGAACUGCACGUCAGUCUCUUCAUGGCAAAGGCCUAAACAAGAAACUGUUGUUGGGGGUUUCCCUUGGUGUCUGCUUAGGAUUUUCAUGCAUGUUCAUGAUUCUGGUAUAUUGGAUAAUGUCCAAGAGAAGGAUCCUUCCAGGGGGUGACAAUGACAAGUUGGAAACAGAAAUGAAUUCCGGUUACUCCAGCUCCCGAGAGGUUGGCAAAGAUACCAGUCUAGUAAUGGUCUUCCCAAGCUAUACCACUGAGAUCAAGGAUCUGACAAUACUGGACAUACUGAAAGCCACUAACAAUUUCAACCAGGAAAACAUCAUUGGCUGUGGAGGAUUCGGUUUGGUUUAUAAAGCAACCUUAAACAAUGGAGCUAAGCUUGCUAUCAAAAAGCUUUCAGGAGAUAUGUGUCUGAUUGAACGAGAAUUCAAAGCAGAGGUGGAAGCUCUAUCAAUGGCCCAACACGAAAACCUGGUUUCUCUGCUAGGAUAUUGUGUCCAUGAUGGUCUUCGGCUACUGAUGUACUCCUAUAUGCAAAACGGAAGCCUUGACUACUGGUUGCAUGAGAACCCUAAUGGCCCAUCCCAACUUGAUUGGCCACUGCGGUUGAAAAUAGCUCUUGGAGCAGGUAAGGGGCUGGCUUACAUGCACCAAAUCUGUGAACCACACAUUGUGCACCGUGACAUAAAGUCAAGUAACAUUCUCCUUGAUGAGAACUUUGAAGCACAUGUUGCUGAUUUUGGAUUAUCCAGGCUCAUUCUCCCUUAUGCAACUCAUGUUACAACCGAACUCGUUGGAACCCUUGGGUACAUUCCACCAGAGUAUGGACAGGCUUGGGUAGCCACAUUAAGAGGCGACAUAUACAGUUUUGGUGUUGUAAUGCUUGAACUGCUCACUGGGAAGAGGCCUGUAGAGGUAUCCAAAUCAAAGGCAUCAAGAGAAAUAGUUGUAUGGGUGCAACAAUUGAAACAUGAAGGAAAACAUGAAGAAAUAUAUGAUUCUGUCCUGAGAGGCAAAGGAUAUGAGCAAGAAAUGCUACAGGUGCUUGAAGUGGCCUGUAAGUGUGUUAACCAGAACCCUCAGGUAAGGCCAACUAUCAACGAAGUUGUCGAUCAGCUCAAGAAUGUAAGGUCCUAUCCACAGACACCCAGGUCUGAGCAAGAUUGUCCAGUAGAAAUGAGGUGACAGUUCUCAGUGCAUUGCAGCGGACCAUUUGGUUUUAUAUUACUUUAAAAUGUUAUGCAAGAUUUUUGCUACGCUUGAUAGGGAAGCAUACUGGCUGAUUGUGCCAGAAGCCAGAAAUCUCUUUGUACAAACUACAAAGUCUAUUUCUUGUGAGUAUAAAUUGUAUACAAUCAGAAACUCUCAAACACAUUGUUCAAAUGCAGAGAUGCACAUUAUGUAGAAAAAUAAAUCACAGAGUUUUGCAAGUA